CAGAAUGUUUACCCAAAUUCAACCCCCUUCUGACUUGCCUCAAACCAACUACUGACGGCUGGGAGCCCAACGACACAGUUUACUCCAGGAACUUCCUCUCCUUGCUUACGUUUCCACUCGACUCCACAAAGAAACGGACCGGAAGUGGCGUGCAGUCGCAGAGCCAAGAGAGCUACCCAAACACCGCUGACCGGAAAAGGAAGGUGCAUUCCUUAGAAAGUUCCCCUCUUAGUACACGGUUGCUGUAGCAGACCUUCGGUUGGAGAUCCGACGGCGCCCGCGGCGCCGGGCAGAGGGUGAGAUGCCGGGCGGGGGCCGCUGCCCGGACUGCGGCUCCGCGGAGCUGGUGGAAGACGCGCAUUAUUCGCAGAGCCAGCUGGUGUGCUCUGACUGCGGCUGUGUAGUCACCGAGGGAGUUCUCACCACCACUUUCAGCGACGAGGUCAACCUCCGAGAAGUAGCAUAUUCGAGAAGCACAGGGGAAAAUGAACAAGUUAGUCGCAGUCAGCAACGAGGUCUCCGCCGUGUGAGAGAUCUCUGUCGAGUUCUGCAGUUGCCAUCAACUUUUGAGGACACAGCAGUUGCCUACUACCAAAAGGCAUACCAGCACCCUGGCAUUCGGGCUGCCAGGGUGCAGAAGAAGGAGGUGUUGGUUGGGUGCUGUGUCUUAAUCACCUGCAGGCAGCAUAACUGGCCCCUGACCAUGGGGACCAUCUGCACCCUGUUGUAUGCAGAUUUGGAUAUGUUUUCUGGCACCUACAUGCAGAUAGUGAAGCUCCUGGGGCUGGAUGUGCCAUCUCUGUGCUUGGCAGACCUGGUGAAGACCUACUGUAGCAGUAUCCGUAGGAAACUUGCUGCCAGCAAGCUUGAGUGUUCCCAAGGAGCUAGAACAGCUUGCCCAUCCUUAGCAGACUGUUCUUCCCCAUGGGCAUUGAGACACGACCCUCAUUUUGAUUAUUUCAGCUUCAAACUUUUCCAAGCCUCCCCGUCGAUGCCAGCCAAAUUCAUGGAAGACAAAGAGAAGAUGCUGUCACGAACACUGCAGUUGGUGGAGCUGGCGGAUGAGACGUGGCUGGUGACCGGGCGGCAUCCCUUGCCUGUCAUCACCGCUGCUGCUUUCCUGGCUUGGCAGUCGCUGCAGCCCUCAGCUCGUCUGACAUGCUCCCUGGCCCGAUUUUGUAAAUUGGCAAAUGUGGACCUGCCCUACCCUGCUUCCUCCCGCCUCCAGGAACUGCUGGCUGUGCUGCUGCGGAUGGCUGAGCAGCUGGCCUGGCUGCAGGUUCUGAAACUUGACAAACGGUCUGUGGUGAAGCACAUCAGUGACCUGCUGCAGCACCGCCACACUCUGAUCCGCAAAGCCUUCCGAGAAGGGCCGUCUGGGGUGGAGGCCCCGGCGGAGGAGCUGUGGGGACGGGGACAGGGACAAGAGGAAGUGGGGAAUGGCUCCUCUGAUUUACCCAAGGGGAAGCGGCCAGCUAGUCCUGCCCUUCUCCUCCCACCCUGCAUGUUGAAGCCCCCAAAGCGGGUCUGCCCCACUCCCCCUGCCUCCACGGUCACCGGAGAUGAGGACAUUUCUGACAGUGAGAUAGAGCAGUAUUUGCGGACCCCGCAGGAAGUGAGGGACUUUCAGAGAGCCCAAGCUGCCAAACGGGCUGCCACAAGUAGUCCUAACCCCCCGUGAUGCACUUUGGGUUUGGUGGAGCAGGAGUCACUUCAUUCUGACAGCAGCUUGAUGAUAGGCCUGCCCUGUCCAGAGAAAUAAAUGUGUGCAAGUCCUUAGGUAUUGCCUCUGCGGGUCAUUAGAGCCCAGGUCCUGGAGUAGAAAUGAGAAAGGCUGUAGGAACCCCUGGGUUGGAGAGGGUUCCAUCCUUUAGUGCCAGAGAGCAGCUUGUGUAUGUUCACAGUCUGUGGGAUGGCUUUCCUCUUAGAUGUUGGGCUCCCUUCUGCUCCGGUCUGAACUGGAUAAACCAAAAGGGCUCUUGGGGCCUCCCUACUGGUGUGGAGCUGAAGGAAUAUCUACAACAGAGCUGUAGAUAGAAGCUAAUUCUUUUUUUGUUUUGUUUGUUUUAAGUAGCUGUGUUAUUUUCUCUCCUGAGAAAUACAGUAGAAAGCAAAAGCUACCAGUGUCAGAUAGUUUCGGAUUUGCAGCUAUAAUAGGUUACUUCCUAGCUGGACACUGGGGGCGUGUUUUGCAACUAUAAAUGUGCAUAAUGAGAUGUAGAGAAGGCGAAGGAACAUGUGUAAA